CUUCAUUUGACUGACCCACGACUACCGAUCAACGGGUAUAUAAAAGGAAAGGCACUGCCCAGACCUGAAAGAUUGUUGCACAGUAGGUACAUUUUCAUCUUUCAUCACUUCCCUUUCAACCUUGUGGUGAUCUUGAACCUUUUUUCGAGCUACAUCGACCGACACCUUUACUUCGGAUUCAUUGGUUACUACAGUACUUGGUACUCUUUGCGUACUUCGUGCUUCCAAAGUACACCACACGAGUUCGUUACUCUGUACAAGAUACACAACGACACAUAUUGUACUCGGCACAGGCAAAUAGAAUGGCGGAUCAUCAUCACCAUCACCACCACCACGACCAUGGCCAUUCUCAUGGAACAGAAGACGCCGCAGCCUUUACAGAAGUAAACAGACAACAUUGGAAUAAAAUGGCGACGUCAUACACGGCCGAAGAAUGGCAACGUGACCUGAUCAACAAAAUCACUUCUUUCAUUCAAUCAAACAUUUCAUUCAUUGGCGUUUCGUUCCUGGACCCUUCGGCGGCCUUUGAAAAGAAGUCGGAACCCCAAAAAAGUGUCCGGGUGUUGGAUUACGCAUGUGGUCCCGGUACCAUCACCGCAAUCCUGGCGGGUCGAGCCACCGAAUUCGUCGGGGUCGACCUAUCCGAAAACAUGGUACAAGCUUACAAUUCACGGUUCACCUCUGAAAAGGGUGGCGAAACAGCAGACGACGAAAAGAUCAACGCUCACGCCGUAGUGGGUAAUUUGAUAUCGACCGGCGCCGAGGCGGACGCGCUCGAUGGGCCCAACUUUCGUGACUUUGACCUGGCCGUCGUAGGCAUGGGUUUUCACCAUUUCACAGACAUUCGAUUGGCGACUCGACGAUUGGUGGAGAGACUCAAACCCGGUGGUGUUUUUAUGAUUGUGGACUUUGUCACCCACGCGAUGGAGGCAGAGGUGCACCCCGACCUGAAAGACGCCGUCAACACCAUCAGUCAUCACGGGUUCGGGGAGGAAGAGUUGCGGAAAGUCUUUGCAGAGGCGGGAUUGACGGAUUUCGCCUUGGUCAGGAUGGGUGAAGAAGUCACGUUGAGGGGAACAUCAAAGAGGGAACCGUUCAUGGCCAGGGGAACAAAGAUUUAGUUUGGUGGGAGGCACGAGUACUCAUCAAGCAAGCAAGCAAGCAAGCAAGCAAGCAACAAA